UGUGCGGUUGAGCGGGGCAAAAGGAUUGGAUGUAUUUUUUUCGUUAGGCUGGGAUUUGCGAUUUGGCAAAUGUCUGGUUGGACUCGCCAAGUCGCAAUGUCGCGGAAAAAAAUUGAUCGAAUUUUUGGCCGGGCUGCCCCUAAAAUUUUGCCCGAGCGUUUAGCGUUUACGCGAGCGUUUUGCGUUUAGCAUUUAAGCGCAGCGUUUAAACGCUAAACGCUGCCCCGCCAGAGCGUUUGCGGUCACGUAGUGUGGUGCUCAACAACCACACUUCUAACGAGGCAUGGAAAGCCUCGCCGAGCUUACCAGAGCGCUCACGCUAGCGCGCACUUCACCAACGCGGACCUACACACGACGGGAGCCCGUCACGCGACUUGGUCCGCUCCAGCUUCCUUCAGCAAGGCCGCCACAUAGCCCACCAGGAGCAUCAGCGCUGAUACGGCGCCGCCAACGAUGUCUACAGCUGCAGCCGAGUCUAUGCUCGCCGAUACUGCCCGCAUCACGGCGAGCAGGCGCGGGUCCAACACGGUUCCCGGGGUGGGUGCAGGUUGCACUCGCGGUGACACGACUGCCAGAUCAGCUGCAGCCAUCGCGCAGCGGUGGAGAGGAUCGUGGGGCAUCUUGCACGGGCUCGCUGAGCUCCGUAGAACGGAGUGCGAGUCCGUCAGCAUCUCCACAACAUACCCCAUCGCCCGCUGCGCGUGCCAGAGCCGACGAAGAGUGGCGAUUGGGAUCGCAGUAUCCGCCAGGCGCUCCCUCCCACGCAGGCGCUCCAGCUGCGCUCUCUGCAGCAUCCGCAGCCCAGCAGAACGACGCCGCCCCUGGUCCCCAGGAGGAGAGUCCUCACCGGUGGACUCAGCCCCCCCCAUCUCCGCUGCUUCUUCCCCCCCCUCAACUCCGGUCGACGAGGGGGGACAAAGGGCGCUGUCGCCAGAUCGCCGAAGGACGCUGGCACCACCGGCGGCGGCCGGCCACUGGGCCAACCUCCCACCGAUGCUUCCAGGGGCGCUGGCAGCCAGCGCGGCGGCACCUCCGCGGACCGCGCGUUCAGCGGGUACGGCUCGACUCGAGGCGCCACUUGUGGCUGGUGCGGAACGAGAAGGGCAGCAGAGGGGAAGUUUGGUGGAGGAUGCGCGGACGGAGGAGGCGGUGGCAGCUGCUGGCUGUUUUGGAGCAGUGGAGGCACUGCAGUUUGGUGGCGACGUAUGUGCCGACACCUGCUGCGGCGGGAAAUGCGCCUGCUGCUGAUGCUCGGGGUGGUACUGGUGCGAUGAUACAUGCUGGGGGGGAUACGCCAUUGGCUGCUGGGGCUGGGCGACAGCCCGGAGUAGGCCUUCGAGUGUCGCGGCAGCUCGCCCUAAACGCCUCUCCGCAGCCGAUCCGCGGUUACUCCCCCCGCCGGCCCUCCAGCCGAGGCGCUGGCCAGAACGCCCACGCUGCGCCUGCAGAGUCCGGUGCUGCUGCGCCGGCUGCGCCUGCGGGCGGCGCGGGGGCGUCCCACGGCGAGGAGGAUGUUGCAGGAGACGACGCGCCGCGCUCAGCUCCACCCACGACCCGACACGAACAACGGAAGGCGAGCAGGGUAGCCCCGAGGGGAGAGCGAGGAGGAGGGCGCAGGGGACACGCUGGGCGGGCAACUACGGGUCGCGGACGCGGGCAAUCCAGGCGAGGCGAUCUGUCCUGCGACGGAGGUCCGCUGAACGGAUUCCAGCAGGCCGCGACCAGGGCUUUAAGAGCCUUGGGUCUACAAGGAACUACAGGUGAAGAGGAAAGGGCCGAUGGAACUUAUGUACCUGGGUAGCAGAGGGAGUCUACAACUGACGCCUCUAGUGAGGAAGGAGGCGUGGAGACAGACAGACGUUCAAGAGGGGGAACUGCGGGCCCAACCCACAGAUCUGGGUGACGAAGGUCCAGCAGCAUGAAUAAUACACGGGUACCGCUGGACACCCAUCCCCACACAGCUCCGCAGCUGUCCCCAGAAGAGCUGGCGAACGACGCCUCCAGAUUCGCUGGGAUUGUCAGUUGGGACAUCGCAAUACUAUGCGACAGCCGCCAACCCCCGCUCUCCCGCCGGUUACCUCCCCAAAUUCGUCAACUUUUCGCGCUCGCCCUGCUGACACCCCUUCUUUUCCUCGCCAAAAAUCCAACCUCCACUGAAGGUUGGAUCCUGUUACUCUACCUCCCGCGUCUCACCCUUCGCCUACCUUCACCUAGACGUCCCGAUUGGCCCGCGGCAGAAAAACGCCUGCGACAAUUCCUCACGGGCCAAUGGGACGCUCUGUACCAAGCAGCUGCAUCUGCGGUUACCCUGCCACCCCCACCCCGCCACGUACCUGACACCCUCCGGAAAAUAUCCCGAGCCGAGGGGCUGGUGCGACGUGGUAGCUUGCGACGAGCUCUGCUCGCGUUGACCUCAACCCCAGUCAGCGAGUCCACCCCUGCUGUCCUGGAU